CGCUCCAAACUCCGAUAAUCCACCCCCAACUGUUCAACCCUAUAAAAACGCAGCCCCCGAUCUCUGUCUCUUCUGUUGAUUCCUCUCUCUCUCUCUCUCUGCCUCUUCGUGCAAGAAUUCCUCCGUGCAAGAAUUCAUGAUGAUAAGCGCUUGAAGAUUCUUGCUCUGCUUCCGUUGAUUCACUAUGGCUACUGUUCCUCGCUCCCGCCGAGCCGCCGAGGCCCGAUCCGGAGGCAAAGUAGUGAAACCUCGGCGGGUCUUUGCCACGAGAACUCCCUACGACCGGCCGAAGGUCCCCUCUCGGGCUUCUGAAAGCCCCGGUUGGCUCUCCGGCCUUGUGUUCCCUGCCGCUGGCAUGAUUGCUAGCGGCGCCGGAAAGCUUAUUUCCACUGUCUUCGGCUCCGACAGUUCUUCAUCCUCUUCUUCUUCGUCGGAGGAGAGCGAUUCGAGUUUCGCAGAUGUAGUUGAAGGUGGCCAUGAUGAAAAUGAUCUCUCUUCUCAAGGGGCUGGUUGGUUGAACAAGACGAAUGGGACACCAUCAGAAAUGGUUAAGCACUUGAGUAAUGAGCCUCAACCGGUGGUAGGGAAGAAUGAAACCAAGCGUAUAAUUGAACAGCUAAUUAUGCAGGAAACUUUUUCAAGGGAAGAAAGUGAAAAACUAAUAGAGAUCAUCAAAUUGCGGGUUAUAGAUAGCCCUGCUAUAGAAGGGGGUGAGUACACGACAGAACAGGUGGUAUUACUGAUGAACUCUCAUAUAUUACUUAUGUUUAACUAUAAUUAUAUUUCGGAUGCAGAUAUGCUUGAUCUCUGUAGCACAGCUGUUAUGGAGGCAAAAAAAUGGUUAAAGGAGAAGAAAUUAGGAUCAAGCUCAAAGUCGGAAUUAGAUCAGCGAACCUGUUCAUUGAAUACUUUUCUGCUUCCAGAUGUUACUGAAACUGCAAUGGGCUCUCCAGUAGAUAUGGCCAAAUCAUAUAUGCGGGCUCGUCCUCCAUGGGCAUCUCCAUCUGUAAAUAUUGAGUAUAAUUCCUCGUCACCAAUUGGGAUGGAUCUUUUUAAGCAAGAAACACCACAUUCAAUUGGUGGAAGUUCUUUGUCUACACCCAAGCUGAAAAGGGAUUCUUUUGCUGCUGGAUCAUGGAAUAUUCUGGAUGAAAUACGAAGAGUGCGUUCAAAGGCAACAGAAGAAAUGCUGAAGGAUUUACCAUCUACAAAAAUUGACUUAUCCGCAUUUUCUUUAGAACAGAAAACCAGCCAAAAUCCUGCAAUGGGUGACAAAAUGGAAUCUGGCAUUGGGGAUAAAAUGUGCAACUCAAAUCCUUUAGCAGCUAUGCAAUCAGCAGAUGAAUCUUUGAAAUUGGUGACAGGAGUGAAUGCAUCUAAUGACAUUCUAGAUGCAGAGAUGGCACAAGAUGGAUUACAAAAUGAAACUUUGUCAUCCAAUCCUGCAAUUUCUGUUUGCAAUAGAAACCAGGAUUUAGAAGCCCAGCAGAUAACUGACGGAAGACCACAUGGUACUUCUGAAUCUUACCAAUCCGGCCUUUCAGGUUUCCAAGACGGUUCAAAAGAGAGAAUAAACUCUCCACGUGAACUUCUGUCAUCAGACAUCGUACUGGCAGUCUUACAGAGUGAUAAUGUUGAGGGCCUUAAGGACAAUAAUGGAUUCAACCAGCAGCAGCUAGGUUCUACAGUGGAAGGAAUGUUACAUGAUUCAAGGUCCAAUGAUGAUAGAGAACAGUCGCAGCCGAAAGAAAUUACAGGAUUGAGGGGCACAGACACUGCUAAUGGUUUUCCUUCUCAUGGAUCUAGUGCUUCUGCCGGAAAGGACGCAGAACCAGAGCCUAGAGCAUCUAGGGAACAACAACGAGGCAGUUCAAGCAAUGACAAGAGAAAUACCAAUGCCCACAUGGAGGAGGCCCGCGAGCUUCUUAGUGAAGCUUCUGUUGAGAUCCCAAUUGCAAAUGAGGCUGAUGGUGCUGCAAAUGACACCCACUCCCAGAAUAGUUUGAGCAUGACUUAUGAUGAGUUACCCCAGGAGACAACCAAGCCUUAUUCAAGACAGAGCUUCCCAAGGAAGACCAGCAAAAGCGCUGCAGUGGAGAGGCAGCAGGGAAAGAAACCGAGCAGAUACACCAGAAAAACCAGAGGGAAGGCUAAAUGAUAUGGAGCUGCAUUUGUACUUACUGUAUUUUAUUGUACAAUAGCAUUUAAAUUAUCUUGUAACCGAAUUGUAGUCAGAUGUCCUGUUGGACUCAAAAUCAAGCUCAUUGUUUACUUGCGGUGGGAAUUUAGUUGUCGGAAUAGUUUCAUUCA